AUAUAAAUAAAACAAAAACAAAAAUACAAAAUAUAAAUAAAAGUAAAGAAUUGCAACUCAACGAAAAACCUUUCAAACGUUCCUUGUUACUGCUUUUGCUUUUCGAUUCGAAUUUUUGUGAUUUUUCAUUUGUAAUAUUUAAGCGGCUUUAUAUAUGGCAACCUUGGAGGACUUUACACCCAGCAUUUUACCAAAAACCGCCACCGUCGUUAACAGCACCACCACCACCGCUAUAAACCCCGCAACUGUCUCGAUUUGCACCGCAAACACAGCCGCUGCUAGCGCUGCCAGUAUUGCAACUGUUCUCUCGAAUACGGCUCCGACCCAAAAUAAGAACUUUCUCUUGGAACCAAACAAUACUGCAACAAUUGCGAGCGAGGUUUUAGGAGAAAUUCCAAAUUCUAUAAUUAGUGCUUCCGCAUCUGCUGUUGAUUCUAUCGUUGAAAAACUGGUCAAUUCUCUCGAUUUAAAGGAGCCCGUCAUUAAUACGCAAGGAAUUAAUAAGGAAAUUAUAAAUUUGUCUUCGUCUUCAUCUUCAGUGGGUGCUGGCAGUGUAAAAACAAAUUCGGAGACCAUAAUGUUUAGCGAAGUGUUUGAAAGUAACGUUGGCACUGAACUUGAGUCGGGCGCUUUGGAAGAUUCGAAUUCAUCAUUGGGCGAGGGCGGAGUUGAAAAGAAUUGCAAAGUUUGCUGCUCUCGCUUGCAAAGGCCUCGCGUUCUCUCUUGCCUUCAUGUCUUUUGUGAGGGAUGUCUGAUGAGAUUGCUUACUGACGAUGCUGGUAACAUUUCUUCGUCAUCGUCUACAACAUCAUCUGUGGCUGGCGAAAUAAUUCAAUCGAACUUAAAAACUCAGAUUGAAUGCCCGAUUUGCAAGCAAAUUACUGCGAUUGGUGUCAAGGGUAUACAAUCAUUGACAUGCGAUUAUAUAUUGACCAAUAUAUUGGAUUUGGCCAGCAUCGAAUCGGAGCAAUUGUUUUGCACUUCAUGCAAAAGCAAAGAGAAUGCGAUUUCGCGUUGCAAUGAUUGUGCCAACUUUUUGUGUAGCGGUUGUGAUAAUGCGCAUAAGUAUAUGCGCUGCUUUGAGAAUCAUGAGGUUCUUAAAUUGGAAGAUUUACAAAAGUCGUCGGAUAAUGGAAAGCCAUUGGUUAUUCAUAAGCCGUUGUACUGCAACGUUCAUACAUCCGAAAAUCUUAAGUAUUAUUGCUUUAAUUGUCAAAUACCGGUUUGUAAUGAUUGCCUGAUUGCCGAUCACAAGGGUAGCGAACAUCAUUAUGAUGUUAUUGCAUUGGCUGAAAAGUCUGUACGUGGCGACAUUGAGAAUCUUAUGAAAGAGGCUAAAUCAAAGGUGCAAUAUUGUGAUGAUGCUGUCUCAAAUUUAUCAACCGCUUUAAAUGAGUUACAGACUCAACAUGAUUCCGCUCGCGAUCUAAUUCAGGAAACUUUUGAAAAAUAUAAGAAAAUCUUGGAGAAAUGCCGCGAUCAGGCUUUAAUAGAAUUACAAAAAUUGCAUUCGGAACGUGAAUUGAAGAUUAUGGAUUUAUUGCAAAAUAUUGAAAAUACUAUGGGUAAGAUCAAUAAUGCAAACCGAUUUACUAAUCGUGUGCUAGAACAAGCAAAUGCUGGCGAGUUUUUGGCAAUGAAAAAAUUGAUCGGCAAUCAAUUUAUUAAUUUAAUAAACACUACUCCGAAAUGCGAUAUUAACUAUUCAUUGACUUUCGAUACCAAACUUGAAAAGUUUGAACAAGUAGCUCAAGAGGCUUUUGGAAAAUUUCGAACUGAAUCUACACCUCCAUCGCCUAAGGAGAGUACACCUCCGCCCACGUUGCCCGGUAUGCCACCGACAAUGAUUAAUGGCCGCGUUGGCGCUAUCAAUUGCUCAAAUAGCUCUCAAGGUCAAGUGGCGGGCUCGGUGACUGCUAGCAGUCCCAUAUCAUUGCCCACUUCUAUGCAGAGCUCCUUUGAUGGUGAU